UCGACCCUCUCUCAACCUCAACCCAACCCCUAUUCUCUCUCCUUCCAUCUCCAUCUCUCGUCCGAGAGUCCAGAACGAGCUCGGAAUCCACCUCCUUCUCCAGUGCCGACAUUCGUUCCGGUGGUCACACCGUCUGGAGUUCCUGUGAGUUCGGCAAACCUCAAACUCUGCUUAACGUUCGCACCCAAAUUGCUGGGAGAAUGGUAGAGAGGUUCUUCUUCUUAUCCACGAAACAACAAAUUGAGAAAGAAAAGGAAUGCAGCAACAGCCAAAUGAUGCUCCUUUCAGGGCCUCCCUCAUGCGGGAAGACAUCUCUCCUCUUCCAGUUCGCUUUUAAUUCCGCUUACAGUAGCUCCGCCCAUCGUCAUGUCGUAUUCAUCUGCAACCGCCGCAGGUUAGAGUCCAAACCCCCUUACUUAUCCCAGGGCAUCGAUGCCUCUUCUGAUGUGUUUAACCGAAUACGGAUGAAGUAUGUAGAAGAUUACGAGGGGAUCAACAAAUACUUGGCUGGAUUUCACCUGCACCAACUCGGAACCUACCCAACAGCCGUUGUAAUCGAUGAUUUCGGAGAUUUCUUUGAUGACAAGAAUUGUAAAGAGAGACUGGGUAAUCCAAGAGGAAGAGACCUCGCCAUGGUUCGAACUCUGGCCUUGUGCCGGGAUGCCAUCGCCCAUGCCAACGAGAGCUCGGCAUCAGGAGAGCCUUGCAGGCUCUUGUUAUCCGAUACCCACCAUGGCGAUACUCCAAGGUUGUUGUUCAUCUACAAGAGAUGGAUUCCCUCCAUUUUUACCGUCGAAGGGGAUGGAUCGGGAUCCUUCAUUCUGACAAGCAGCGGCAGUGCUCCGGAGAGUGGCUCCACGAGAAACAGAAAGCGAUUUGCAAAAUUCUCCACGGCUCUACAGUAUUUAGUGUUGCAGGAGAUUACUGAAGAAACCGAACAGUAAUCUAUUUCUUACUUCCAACUUCCAACUGUCUUAGUUAGUCAUCACAGACACAACAUCUAUUAUGUAUCCUGAUUCUGUAUUAAGAUAUAACAUCUAAUCAAUCUGGGAAAACUGACUGCAACAUUUCCUACAACCCAGCAGCGCCGAGCCCAAACCCCAUGGUCCCCAUCACAGAGACAGAGCCCCACUCUUGCCAGUUGCCACCCGCUCUCCAUUAAUGGGCAAAUUUCAACAUAAUGGCAUUAUUUAUAGCAGUGAUGAUCCAGCGAGAAGGUUUUCUAUUUCUUUUCUUUUUCAGUAUAAUAUGUCCAUAAUAUGACCCUUAUCCCCCUCUUUUAUAUAAUGAUGAUGAUAGAAGCAUGG